AUGCGGUUACCACGUUGGGUCUUGUACGGAAGUGCUUUCGGUACUUUCCUGGGCGGUGGCGCACUCUUGCGUGAAAGAGUAUUCGGCGAGGCGGAACCGGAAGACGCCGUGCUUCAGCGUGCCAAGGGGAAAAUCGUGAUUGUGACCGGGGCAAAUUCGGGGAUCGGUCGAGAGAUAUCUGAGUCUUUAGCCAAGCAUGGAGCUCGUGUCAUCAUGGCGUGUCGUGAUAUGAAAAAGUGUGAAAAGGUGCGGAAAGAAAUCAUCGGUGAAACGUUGAACCGUCACGUUGUCUGUCGAGCUUGUGACUUGGGAUCGUAUUCUUCGAUCAAGGCUUUCGUUGCACGCGUCAAAGAAGAGGAGCCGAAAAUCGACGUGUUAGUGAACAACGCCGGGGUCAUGGGUUGCCCGAAAUCCGUCACGUCUGAAGGCUUGGAGACGCAUUUUGGAGUGAACUUUAUGGGGAGCUUUGUUCUGACAGCGCUGCUACUCGACAAGCUCAAAGGUAAUCCCGGAAACGUUCGGAUUGUGAAUGUGUCCGAUAGCGCAUUCAAACGCGGAGAAAUCCUGUUCAAAGACUUGAAUCGAUUCGAGGCAUAUGACCCGAAGGAAGCCUACAAUCAAAGUAAGCUUGCUGUGGUGCUGUUCACUGCUUUGCUGAAGCAGCGAUUAUCAGGUAAUUUCUGCCUCUUGUCUCAAUUUGGUAAAAGGAUUACUUUUUUCAUGGAAGUCGGUGUUUUUGGAACUAACGUUGAAGUGGUUGCAGCCGAGGCUGGAGGGCUAGUAAAUACUCCAUUGCUCCGGCAUUUCGGAAUUUAUAACAGUAUUUUAGCUGCUGCAUUCGUCUGGCCUCUGGCCUAUCCCUUUCUCAGAACUGCCCGACACGGAGCCGCCACUCCUCUUUAUGCAGCUCUGUGUCCAUCGAAGGAUAUUUCCGUUCCCUAUCUCAAGGCGAAAGAGGCGGAUCCUGGGUCGAUUGAAGUUUUGAAUGUGGAGGAUGCGAAGCGUCUGUGGGCGAUUGCGGAGCACUGGAGUGGAAUCAAGUUUCCGUCGUGAAAGCAAGCUCUUGGUCGUUGAAUGUUGUUUGAACACUUGAAAUGAAAGUAAUCCUAAGCGUCACUUCUUGAUGGGUUCCUUCAAAUAAAUCAUCCAAAUUCUAGUCGAUCAGAUUACAUCCAGCUUCCGAUGAGAAUACUAGAUUGUUUGGAGAAAUAAUCCCUGUUUCGGAGAAAUAAACGCGAAAUAAAUUGUACGAUUGUAGAAAGAACCUCAUGGAAGAAUGUAUUCGAGGGAUCUAACGAAUUUUUCUCAGAAUAGGAAUUGAAACUGCGUACGAUUGAGCUGAACAACACUUGGAAUGAGAAUGUGGCGGCUGUUCAGUAAAAUGGCGGAAUUACUUUGAAAGAUCGCAAAAGUAUUGUGCAAAAAUAUACUUAAUAGGGCUGCGUUUGUUGUUAUUAUGCCGAAGAAUGUUUCUUUCUGAACACGGAUUCUUUUUCAGCUCAAUCGUACACCGUUUCAAUUUAUAUUCCCAGAACUUCUGGUAAGACUCCUUGCAUGUUCAUGAUGCCCGUCUUAGUAGCAGAUCUUUUUGUGUCAAGAAGUAGAAAAAUUGAGAAAAACGUAUUAAGGAUAUCAACACCAUUCAACGGUAGCUAUUUAACGUUUUGGACCACUUCUGGGAGUAGAUUUGAUUUGGAAUGAUAGUUGCAUUGCUAUUUGCCUUUUUUUUUUUAAUGAUAGUGCUGAUGAAAAUCGACUGUGAAGACAGCUAUUGCAAGACACGGAUUGAAAGUCGUGAGAGAAAAGUUUAGCGAAGUUUUUGGAAGAAGGCCAAGUGACCGGAUCUUUUCGGUUUAAAAUGUGGCCUGUAAUUGGGUUAAUAUGGUACUUGCUUGCAGCA